AUGAUAAAGAUAUGGCUCGUACUUUGUGUUGUAGUCAGUUGGGCAAACGCAGAAAAAGUAAAUUCGUCAUGUGAGUGCGGUAUCGCCGGGCAUAACCGGCGUAUAGUGGGCGGCACCACCGUACAACCUCACGCGUACCCAUGGCUGGUGUCGCUCAUGUUAGGACCGAAGUUGCACUGUGGAGGGGCUAUCAUCACCGAUUUGCACAUAUUGACAGCGGGACACUGCAUCACUUUUGGGAUACAUUAUCGGGACCUGACUGUAUACGUGGGCAUGCAUGACCGACUCGACACUUCUUACGUGUCUAUGCGCGUUGAGAAUGGUGUAAAACACCCUCAUUUCACCUCUAAUGCUGUUCGGGACAUUAAUGACAUAGCAAUCUUGACUCUUGACAGCCGACUCAAGUUCUCAGAGAAAGUUCGACCGAUUUGCCUGCCGGAGGACUCAAUGGACUUUAGAAACUUGCCUUUAACAGUUGCUGGGUGGGGUAAAACCAGACAGGGUGCAUUGACAUCAUCAAGAUAUUUGCUUGAAACCAAAGUACAGAUUGUGGACGGUGAAAAAUGUAAGAAAUCGGCAAUAUACAAGGACAAUCUGGUCAGUGAUACUAUGAUGUGCGCUUACAGUCUUGGGAAAGACGCAUGUCAGGGAGACAGCGGUGGACCAUUAUUUUCAACUCACCGAAGGUCAUUUAACAAAAAGUGGUAUCAAGUUGGUAUUGUAUCCUGGGGUAUAGACUGUGCCAUGCCGGAUUAUCCAGGUGUCUACACAAUCGUGGGGAAGUACAUUCCCUGGAUCAGGCAGCAGACUGCAGAAGGAUCGUACUGUGUAUAA